AUGAACCCGCUCAGAUCUCGUCCUUUCAACAUUCUAUCGAUUAUACUCCUUGUCCCGUUGGCAUUAAUCACAAGAUCUCAAGCCUUCGACGUCCCUUGUACCCAAAAACUUAUCGGCAGUAAAUGUUUGUUCGACGAAGAAUGUUACGGGAUUGAAUACGGUCUGCAAGGGAGGGCGAUGCUCAUCGACAGCUGUCAGCGAGAUUGUAAGCCACCUUUGCUAUGCCGUGACGGUCGGUGUGAAUGUUGGGGUGGAAGCAUUGUCAAUGGCCAAUGCGUAGUUCCAUGCCCUGCCGGCCUCCAACUAUAUGGUGUUGAAUGUACUCGAGUGGCCCACUGGGGGCAGAUGUACGAAAAAGAUUCACAAUGUGUCGAUGUCUUCAAUGCGUGUGUCGCAGGGACUUGCCAAUGUGCGCCUGGGACUACGAGGGAUGUUCAGCGCGGGUUUUGCUAUGCAGUGUGCCCGGACGGGAUGCAUCCUAGACAGACAUGUCGAGGCUUUUUAUUAAUGAUAUUGAUAUGUUGGAAUCGGCAGCUUCUACAGACUCUUGCCCCUCGGCUAUCGUUGCGUGGCUUAUGGGAGCCCUAUGUUGGCCACUGUUGCAGAUUGAGGUGUCCAUAUGGUGAACCCGAUCUAACCCAGUCGUGCGAUGCUGGUGCUCCGCCGGAGGGAAAGUGCCGACCGCUGACUCAUUUCUGUUACACAGUCACCGAACCUGGUUGGAAGAGCUCGUUGUGUUGCCCGAGACCGUGCAGGGAUCCAACCCCACUGUACAUCAACGGACAAUGCAUGUCCAUUGCCCAUCGUGAAGAUCCAUGCCAAAUUGAUCAACAAUGUGAAGGCGGAAUUACGAUGAGUUGUGUAUUGGGCGUUUGCCAAUGUAAACUUGGAUUCAAAGCGAAUAAUGACGAUCGAUUCCCGGCGUGUGAAAGGACGUGCAAUCGGAUUGAUGAAAUUUCGCUUGGUGAUCAGUGCUUGGCUAAGGUAAGCCUCAGUCAACGCUGCCUAGCCAGCAAGCAAUGCCCCAAUUUUCGGAAUGCCGAUACGGCACUUGCCAGUGCCUAUGUGGCUAUAAACAAGUCAAGGAUACAUUCGGAGUUCGCUGCACGAAUCCCGACGACCCGCUCAGCC